ACUAACUGCCUACUAACUAGCUCAUAGUUAGUUUUGCUCUAGUUGACUGGGGCGAAAGCUCGUUCCGACGACCCCGAGGCGCAGUCCAGGUCAUCGUGAAACCGACAACUGGGCAGGCCUUCUUUGAGAACCAGGCGGUUAGUUUUAAAUGAUCACUUUUUUCCUAACCUUCCCUGGUCUGCCACUCAUUUUAUCUUCCUUUUUGAUUUCUCUUUUAUUCUCUCUCUCUUUCUCUCUCUCACACACACACACUAACCCACUCUCCUAAUCUCUUUGACAGCCUUGCUGGUUGCUAUCCCCCCUAAAACUGGUCGCUACGGUCGCUGCUCGGUUCCCGCCGUACGACUUCCUGCAUACUUUACCUCCCAACGUCUGGAGGGGUAACAACUGGAAAAACAAAGAAAAAUGCGGUCGGCGCUUGUUUUGGCUUCGAUCGGAGCCAGUGUGUCUCUGGUCGAAGGACUGUUGCUUGAGAAGAAGGACAACCCGUCUGUCGUCGGCUUUGACGUGACCAAGCGCAGUCGCGCACCCCGCCACGAUGUCUCUUUGCGACGCAGAGACAAGACCGCAAGCCUCACCCUGACGAACGAUGUGGAUAUGUACGUCGCCAACAUCUCGCUCGGAACGCCGAAGCAGAAGAUCCAGGUCAUCCUCGACACGGGGAGCAGCGACCUCUGGGUGAACACGCGCGAGUCCUGUGAUUCGAAUGACAAUUAUGGCAACGAAUGCCUGGCGUAUGGUAUCUACGACGCAAAUACCUCGUCGACAUACGUCUUCGACAACUCCGACUUUGACAUUUCGUAUGCGGACGACUCGGGCGCAGCGGGUGACUACGUCAAUGAUACUCUGACUUUGGGAUCCGACACCGUCAAGGACUUUCAGUUCGGUGUGGCCUAUGACUCUGACUCGGCACAGGGCGUCUUCGGUAUAGGGUAUGCGCUCAAUGAGGCUGAGCUCGAAUACACCGACACCACCUAUCCAAACCUCCCCGAGGCUCUUGUGAAUGCGGGCUUGAUCAACACCCCGGCGUACAGCCUGUGGCUUGACGACCUUGAUGCCAGUUCGGGUUCGAUUCUUUUCGGCGGUGUCAACUCGGGCAAAUAUACGGGCGAGCUCCAGACGCUGCCCAUCAUCCCGUACGAGAAGACCUACUACGUCUACUUCAUGAUCGCCCUGACUGGCAUGUCGAUCGACUCGGGCGACAAGACCACGUCCAUCUCCGGCUCGUCCAACUUCCCGCAGGGGGCCAUCCUCGACUCCGGCACCUCGCUGACCUACCUCUCGGACCCUAUCACCAAGCAGAUCUUCGACGCCCUCAACGUCACCUACGUGACCAGUGAGGGGCUGGGCUACGUCCCCUGCUCCUACGCCAACGCCGACGUCAACGUGACCUUCACAUUCACCUCGCCCGCCAUCACCGUCAGUCUGUCCCAGCUGGUGCUCGACGCCGGCGGCGUCACCUACAAGGACGGCGUCGAGGCCUGCAACUUUGGCAUCGCCCCCAUGGGCAACACCACCAACGAGGCCCUGUUGGGCGACACCUUCCUGCGCAGCGCCUACGUCGUCUACGACCUAGCCAACAACGAGAUCUCCCUCGCCAACACCGACUUCUCCUCCUCCUCCACCAACGACAUCAAGGAGAUCGCCAAGGGGUCAUCCUCCAUUCCCGGCGCCACAGCCGUGAGUAACCCCGUGACCACCCUCGGCACCCCAACCGCCACCGUCACCCACCGCGUCGAGCACCUCGCACGCCGGCUCUAACAGCGGAUCUUCCUCUUCUUCUUCGUCUGGAAGCAGCUCAUCAAGCUCUUCCUCCAAGGGUGCUGCCGCGGCGGGUCCUAUCCCGGCCUCUCCAGCGGGCUUGUGGAUGGUGAGCGGCCUUGUGAUGCUGUGGCUUGCCGUUGGGCCUGCCUAUCUCUUUGGCAGGAUGAUCUAGAUUUCUGUCUUUUCUUAUCUUGAUGUAUGUAUGGCUUUUAUUUCAUGGGUAGGAUUGUAAAUAAGAUAUGCUAUGGUCCACUACCUCCCAAGAAUCGUUACAAGUAUCUUAAUAUAGAUGAAACCCCUACCUAUGAGCAUCCAAGACUAUACAGAUAGUUAUACUAGAUAGUAUGGACUCUGUUGAAUACUUUCUA